AUGACGACUUCACUGGUCCUGCAUCCACGCUGGGCAGACACCUUGAUGUACGUUUAUGAAAAAAGCCCGAAUGAAAACAAUCAGAAUAAAAACCAAACCAUGGAGGGACUAAGCGGGAACUGUCCUUCAACUCACUGCAGGGACCUCAUCUCACACCCUGCGCUGGGACGGCAUUCUGGUACCAUAGCGACUCACCAGGGAUCCGUUUACUCGGAUAUAUCCUCCCCUGAUAGCGGCCGACAGUGCCCCGGUCCACAGACUUCAUCUAACGCCUCUCUGGGCUACAGCUACCCUUUUGGAAACCCUUACUACGGUUGCAGGUUAUCUCAUUCGCACAAUGUGAAUUUACAACAGAAGCCUUGCUCUUAUCAUCCAGCAGAAAAGUAUGUCGAGCCCAACUCUGCGUUGCCCUCGGAAGAGCUCUCAAGCAGGGCAAAAGAGUUUGCGUUCUAUCCUAGCUUCGCCAGUUCUUACCAAGCUGUACCGGGAUACCUAGACGUGUCAGUGGUCCCCAGUAUUAGCACACACCCAGAGCCACGGCAUGACGCAUUGAUUCCCGUGGAGGGUUAUCAGCACUGGGCGCUAUCAAAUGGCUGGGACGGUCAGGUAUAUUGUUCUAAGGAACAAACCCAAUCCACCCAUCUUUGGAAGUCUCCUUUUCCAGAUGUGGUCCCUUUGCAGCCCGAGGUCAGCGGUUAUCGUCGUGGCCGCAAGAAGCGCGUCCCCUACACCAAGCUACAGCUAAAGGAACUGGAAAAAGAAUACGGAGCCAGCAAAUUCAUCACCAAAGACAAGAGGCGACGUAUCUCCGCCGGAACUAACCUCUCUGAGCGCCAGGUUACCAUCUGGUUCCAGAACCGCCGGGUGAAGGAGAAGAAAUUCGUCUGUAAAUCCAAAACAAAUAAUCACAUGCACACCACCUGA